UCAAAUGAUCAAUACCAAAUUCAUCUAAAUUCUCGUGCAAGUUUUGGUGACACGAGGUGUAAGGCGUCGCAUUUAUUCAGUUGACCACUAUGGACGGGAAGCCAACCACAUCUGAGGGCGCCGGUGAUGCCGCCGCCGCGGCGCCCCCCACGGACGCCCCUGAGGCGCCCGCAGCUCCCCUGCUGCUGAAGGAGCGCACGGUGGAGGAGCUGAUGCGCCUCCACUUCAGUUCCCCGCGGACGAGGCUGGGCGCUGAGGGCCUGCGGUUGACCACGAUGGCGCUGCAGCUGUACGUGCGGGAGGCAGCACUGCGCGCCUCCGACCAGGCUCGGCUGACGGGCGCGCCGGAGGUCGGCCUCGAGCAUCUGGAGAAGGUGCUGCCACAGUGGCUGAUGGACAUCUAGUGGAAGUGGUUGAUGGGCGUCCGAGUAUGGAAGAAGAAGCUGGGAUAGUGGAGUGGAUGACGCAUCUAGAGUACUCAGUCCGGUAGAAUGUGCUGGUUGCAAUGUUGCUCUGACUGAGAUGCCUGAUGUGAAGGAGCUGGAUCUGAAAGAAGUUCUGAAUGGCCCAAAACGCUGAAGAUACGUGGUUUGAAACGAACGGCACGGCAUUUGAGCUGCUUCUGUCGAUAACUAUACUCCACUUUAAAGUUGCAUGUGUCUGGAGGCUGGAGGGACAUACGGAGGUCAGAUCGUUUCGCAUGCAUCCCUAGCGUGCGACACUCAAGUCGGAGGUACUAAAGAUGUGUAAGAAUAUUGCAAGGUUUCUAAGUUGAGGUGCAGUCAUUGACCGUUGAUGGAACACAGGCGGUUACCUGAGUAUGUGAUCCUGUUCUUGCCGUCCUCGUCCACCUCGUCCACCAUUUCCUCGACUGUGGACAGGGACGACCGCCCGUCAGGUGGACAGCUCAGCGUGCAGCGCGCUGCGCCGUCAGUUUGACCUGCUGGACACUGACGAGGAUGGCCACAUCUCCCCGGUCCACCUGACCAACGUCCUGCGCAGCAUCGACCUCCACAUCACCGAUACCGAGAUGGACGAGGUCAUGGCCAAGACGGACGUGGAUGGUGACGGUAUCAUCACAUUCGAGGACUUUGUCGAGGCUUUCCGCACGUCCCGCAGGGAGGAGCUGGCCAAGGCUGACCACGAGAGGCAGGCCAACCUCAGGCAGACCUUCCAGAUCUUCGACCGCCGGAACUUCGGUACCAUCAGCCCCAAGGACAUCUGGAACGUCCUCAGGAGUCUUGGAAAGAACAUCCCCCUCGAGGACAUCGAGGAUAUUGUUGCUGAGAUCGACCAAGACGGAGACAGUCGCAUCUCCUACUCCGAGUUUGUGCAGUGUGUGUUUGCGGACGACGAGUGAGGCCGGGCUGACUCUCGCACGUUAUCGAGCUGUCGGCUGGCUGGUCCAGUCCGAUCCGUCCCGGGUAUGGCCGCAAACGGCGGACCGCCCCCACGACCGCCGACCCGCGCCGCUGUCUGAGAGAGUGAGAGAGAGAGAGAGCUCCGCUGUCCUGUCGGUACCGCGUGGCUCCGGCCGCCCGCUAGAGGGCGAGCCCGCCGGCCGGUGGUGCUCGCCUUGAGCGGCGCCAGACGCCCCUCCGCCGGGGACCGGGGGCGGUGGGCGCCGCCCUGGAGCCGGUCCGGAGACGGCGCACCCGCCACGGUCCCCGAGCCCUGCAUCUGUCUAUGUUUAUUAUUUGCAUGUGAUCGCUGCACUUGUUUAAGUUAUGUAAUACAAUGCACGUGUACAGAAAUA